AUGGGCUCUUAUGGAGACGAUGGCAUCCUCGACGCGAUCGUUGUUGGCGGGGGAUUUGGCGGUUGUUACCUCCUUCGAAACCUACGAAAACUAGGCUUCCGUGCCAAGGUUUUUGAAGAAGGUCAAGACCUAGGUGGUGUAUGGUGGCACAAUCGAUAUCCAGGAGCUCGGGUCGAUCUCAAUAUUCCGUUCUAUGAAUUUUCAGAUCCCGAGCUUUGGAGCGAGUGGGAAUGGUCUGAAGCUUUCCCAGGACAGAAGGAGAUUCUCGAAUAUUUCAAAUUUGUGGAUAGAAGGUGGAAUCUCAGUCAAGAUAUUACCUUCGGUACCAAGGUGACAGAUGCUGCUUGGGAUGCCACUCAGAAAGUAUGGACAGUCAAGACAAAUAGAGAUCAUGUCGUCUCGGCUCGAUAUCUUCUCCUCUCUAUGGGAUUUGCAGCGAAGAGAUACAUUCCUCAGAUUAACGGCCUCGACAAAUUCGACCGCUUUAAGUGUCAUACUGCUGAAUGGCCAAAUAAGCAAGAUAUUGAUUUUACCGACAAGCGUGUUGCUGUUAUGGGAACUGGCGCUACGGGUGUUCAAAUCAUCCAAGAGCUCGGACCUAAAGUUGGCAAACUUGUUGUCCUACAAAGAUCUCCAAAUUGUACACUUCCAAUGCGACAAAGAACUUUGGACAAACCGAGAGACAAAUCGGGUUAUGCCGAGCUAUUCAAAAAGAUGCCUCUCUCUGCGACAGGAUCCAUAUAUCGCCCUGUUGACCGGAAAGCAACCGAUGACACCCACGAGCAACGAUUGGAUCUAUAUGAGAAGCUAUGGAAAGAAGGGGGCUUCGCUCCCGUCCAAGGCAAUUAUUCUGAUCUCAACACCAACCUAGCAGCCAAUCACCUAUUUUAUCAGUUUUGGCGGGACAAAGUUCGCCAAAGAAUCAGAAAGAAUGACGCAGAUUUGAUUGAAAAUUUGGCACCGUGGGAGCCGCCUUAUCCUUUCGGUACCAAGCGCCCCUCUCUCGAGCAAGCCUUCUAUGAAGUCUUUAACCAGGAUAACGUCGAGCUGGUGGCUUUAAAUAAGAAUCCAAUCUCACAAGUUGUCGAGAAAGGAAUUGAACUUCAGGAUGGAACUAUGCUAGAGCUUGACGCUCUCAUACUGGCGACUGGAUUUGACGCCGUGACAGGAAGUUUCGCACGCCUUAAUAUCCAUGGAUUGGAAAAUAAGACUUUACAAGACGAAUGGGCCGAUGGAACGAGAACAGCACUCGGAAUGACAACAUCGGGAUUUCCAAAUCUAUUUUUCCAAUAUGGCCCUCAGAGUCCCACCGCAUUCGCGAAUGGCCCUUUGAUCUCGGAAAUCCAAGCUAAGUGGAUUCUUGCAACUAUGAAUUACAUGCGAAAGCACGGAUAUUCGGAGAUAGAUGCCAAACCGGAAUCAGAGGUUGAAUGGGCAAAUUUGACAGAUAAAGCUUGUAGUCAGACCCUGAUGUCACAUAACAAAACUUCGUGGUACAUGGGCGGGAAUAUUCCAGGCAAGCGACGGGAGGUUUUAGGUUAUAUUGGUGGGCUGCCUAAGUAUCAAGGAUUUUUGAAUGAAUGCAUAGAGAGAAAAUGGUCUAGCUUUAAGUUUAGAUAA